GCAGUUUAACCAUAGCAACAAAGCGGGUACAUAGUUACCUGAGCAUACUAUCCCAAUUUGACUGUUGUUAAUAAGAAAUUUCAAAAAAUAAACUAACAAUAUGGAAAUUCAGUACGUUUAUACUAAGAAACGUGCUGAUUUCGGAAGACAAUGUAUAUUUCAAGAUAGAGCAGCCGAGUUGCAUGUUGACAUAGCACCAGAUUCCUCCCUUUUGGAUGAUUUUAUCGAAAGGGACCCUGUAGAUUCUGGAAUACAAUGCGUACAGGAAAUGAGCGAACAUGAUGUUAAUACAGAAAGGUUUGAAACAGAUUCUCGAGGAAUAAACCAUGCCGAAGGUGGUUGGCCUAAGGAUAUAAAUCCAACGGAAAUUGAACAAGUAAUGAGGUUCAGGAAGAAAGUUGAAAAAGAUGAAUCUUAUGUUAACAUUCUAAAUAGUCUAUUUCCACAAGUUGAAAAGAUGGUUAUGCAAAACAAUGCAGUAGAUAUAUAUGAAGAAUAUUUCGUUGAUGUUGAUGCAGCUGAAAGUGAAGAGGUACCAUCAGCCAAGACCAUAAGCGUUUUUAGAGAUCCUAAUGACGAUAAGAGAUCAGCUACUCAUAUAUCAUGGUAUCCCGACGGUGCUAGGAAAUUGGCUAUUGCAUAUUCUAAUCUUGAAUUUCAAGGUUCAGCUCCAGAUAUUUGCAUGGAUUCAUAUAUUUGGGAUAUUGAAAAUCCUAAUAAACCAGAAUUUACAUUAAAACCAGUAUCACCAUUAGUUUGUUUAGAAUACAAUCCAAAAGAUUCGCACGUUUUGCUUGGAGGUCAAUAUAAUGGACAAAUUGCCUAUUGGGAUACUCGAAAGGGAUCUCAACCAGUAGAAAUGUCACCAAUCGAACAUAGUCAUAGAGAUCCCGCUUAUAAAACAAUAUGGAUUCAAUCUAAAACGAAUUCAGAAUGUUUCUCAGCAUCAUCUGAUGGACAGAUUCUGUGGUGGGAUAUCAGAAAAUUAGGAGAGCCUACCGAACAACUUUGGCUUGAUCCUACAAAGAAACAAGAUAAAAGCAAAGCACUUGGAGCUAUGAGUUUGGAGUAUGAACCGACAAUCCCUACUAAAUUUAUGGUUGGAACAGAGAAAGGAAUGAUCAUGUCUUGCAAUAGAAAAGCUAAAACAAUUCAGGAAAAGAUAGUUGCUACCUAUCCUGGUCAUCUGGGUCCUGUUUAUUCAAUACAACGUAAUCCCUUCUUCCCAAAGAACUUUUUAACAAUUGGAGAUUGGACUGCAAGAGUUUGGUCAGAGGACGUGAAAGAAUCUUCAGUUUUAUGGACCAAAUAUCAUACAUCUUAUUUAACAGAUGGUUGCUGGAGUCCCGUAAGACCAUCUGUAUUUUUUACCACAAGUAUAGGUGGUACUUUAGACGUAUGGGAUUUCUCUUUUAAACAAAACGAUCCAACCUUAUCUUUACACGUGUGCGAUGAAGCCUUACAAACACUCAGAGUCCAAGAGCACGGACGAUUAGUUGCAACUGGAUCUCAAAAGGGUACAACAACUUUACUGGAGCUUUCAGAUAAUUUGUCUAAUCUUCAAAGAAACGAAAAACAACUUGUUACAGCCAUGUUUGAGAGAGAAACUAGACGAGAGAAGAUUCUAGAUUCCAGACAUAGAGAGAUGAAGUUGAAAAUGAGAGAAGGAAAAGCAUCGGCCGAACAGAAAGACGAAGAAAAAGAAGAGGGAGUAGACGGCGAAGUAGAUCUUGUCGCCGAAGCUGAGAAAGAAUUUUUUGAGAUUAUUGAAAAAGAGCAAAGAAAUAGAGAAAAAGCUAAGCAAAACGAAGAAGAGAAACAGGAUGAGAGAAAGGCGAGUCCGAUUGCUGAAGAGGACGAAGAGGAAAUUAAUUCUGGAAGGGAAAAAGCCGAAGAAGAGGAUACGAAAGAAAAUAAGGAGGAUGACGAUAACGAAAACAAUGAAUAAUAAUUCAUAAUUAAUAAUAAGAAUGAUAAUGAAAAGGACAAUUUUUAAUAAAGUUUUUCUUUUUCUUUUUUUUCAUAUUCAAAUGUUUCAUUUUAAAUAAAAUGCUGAAUUGUUCAAAUUAUAUUCAUAUUUAUAAGAAAAAUUUUAUAACAGUACUCACAAGUAUUUCUUUUCAAUACAACAGAAGCAUAUUAGUAUAUACAGUAUUAAAAACAGACUUUAAAAAUAUACAAUUAUUGAUUGGGAAACAUUAUAAAAAAAGAGACGAAACAAAAAUAAAUAAACAAUAAUAAUAAUAGAAAGUAUAACGGAAGUUUUCAGAUAUAUUUUUAUAAACAAAAGAUAAAACCAGAGUUUUGUUCACUUAAACUCCUUUUAUAUGUCAUGUUAGUUGAUUGCGGUAAAAAUAGUAUCAAAUGGAUAGUUAAUAGGCCUAUAUAAUAAUAUAUUUUAUGUAAAAGCAUAGACACAACAUAUACAGUAUAUUAUUUUUAAUUGUUUAUCUCAAUUUUGUAAAUAGUAGUUCUUUAAACUUUUAUUACCAUAUGACAAUUGAAAGACUGCGGGCAUUAUUUACUGACAAACUAGACCUAUAACUGCAAUAUAUAAAUUUUAUGAAUAUUCAUAUUAAACAGGAUUUAUAAAUACAUACAAAUAUAUAUUAUAUAUCUAUAUAUUUAUACAGAUUGUAUAUGAAAUUGUUAUUUUUUAUCUUUUGACAAACUUCUUUCACUCUCUCUCUCUCUCUUUCUCCUGCCUCUUUCUUUCUCUUCUACUUUCUUAGUUAAUUUCAUACGAUCGUAACUCGUAGGUUUUUU